AUGGUGGUUCUGAGGAUCGCUGGGGUCCCAGGGAUGGCAGCUCUCGUGAUGUCCUUGGUGAUGCUGAGCUCCCCUUUGGUUCAGAGCAGAGACACCCCAGGUAAUUUACUCCCUGCCGAGCUUUACGUCUACCAGAGCCAGAGUGCCUGCCUUGAGUUCAAUGGGACGCACCGCUUCCUGGAGCAAUACACCUACAACAGAGAGCUGUUCGUCCAGUUGGACAGCGCCAUGGGGCUGUUUGCAGCCGUGUCCCACCUGGGCCGCCUAACUGCCAAGAGCUGGAACAUCCAGAGGGAGUUCCUGGCCCUGAGUGGAGCCGUGGACUCCGUGUGCAAGCACAACUUCGACCUGGACGAGCGUUUCACGCUGAAGCGCAGAGUCCAGCCUAAAGUGAACGUCUCCCCCUCUGAGAAGGGGCACCCGCAGCACCACAACCUGCUUGUUUGCCACGUGUCAGAUUUCUACCCAGGCCACAUUCAAGUCUGCUGAUUCUUGAACGGACAGGAGGAAACAGCUGGGGUUUUAUCCACCAACUCGAUGCACAACGGAGACUGGACCUUCCAGAUCCUGGUGAUGCUGGAAAUGACCCCCCAGCAGGGAGACGUCUACGUCUGCCGAGUGGAGCACCCCAGCCUGGACAGUCCUGUCACCGUGGAGUGGAAGGCACAGUCUGAUUCUGCCCAGAGCAAGAUGCUGGCUGGACUCGGAGGCUUUGCCCUAGGGCUCACCGCCCUCAGAGCAAGCUUCAUUCUUCGUUUUAGAAGCCAGCGAGUGUACUUCCUCUUUCUCAAGUUCUUCCAGUCUAUAGAGUGA